AUGUCAAUGUUCAAGGACCCCAAAGGUGAGAAACUUCGGGAGAUGCUGCUGAAGCAUGGGACAUUUGAUCAGGUUGAGGUUGAGCUGACCAAGACCUCUAUGCAAAUGGCAAUCAAUGAUGAGGAGGGUGCAUGGGAGAAUGAUGUAUCCUUGGCGAAAGAGGGUGUGCUGGCCACAUACAUUGAUUUGGUCGGCAAGAAAGUGGACAAAGCAACUGACCUCCAGGAGCUUACUGCCAUUUUUGUUUGUGGGAUUGGCCAGGAGAUGAUUCCCAAAACUCUCGAGCUUGAGGGCCACUACAAAGAACUUCUGAAAUUUCAGACAGAUGCUGUAUUGGAUGCCGGCACUCCACCGUCCAG